CUUCGAAACAUCUUGUCGCGAUACUUGUGCUUUGAAAGCUCGAGACUGUGCCGAGCUGAACAUCUCUAGGGAGGCCUCCCUCCGUCUAGCUGCAUCAAAAAACUUGAGCACUGUGCAUAUACGUUGUGAUGGAGCCCUCAGGAAGCAACAUAUCUUCGUCCAGCAACCACACCCUGAAUUCAACAGGUGGCAGUGGUCCGUGGGAAAUCACUGACAAGGCCAGACUGUGUCGCUUCCUCUGCUACGGCUCAGAGGGAGACGUAUACACUGCCAGAGACGAGGGUCGUGUCAGCAUGGACAACGCCGAAGCCCUGCGAUCCAUGCUCCAGGAGGGCCGAGGGGCAGAAGUGGUGGAGGAGAUAAAAAGGUUCCUUCAGGAUGGGCGAGCCGUCAGACCGGGCCCCUCCUUUUUUGCCCUGGCGGUGUGCUCGCAGCACACCGACACGAACACCAGACAGGCUGCGUUCAAAGCUCUGAAGGAAGUUUGUCGGGACCCUGCCCAUCUGUUUUCUUUCAUCCAGUACAAGAAGGAACUGAAAGAGGGAAUGAAAUGUGGGAUAUGGGGACGCGGCCUGAGGAGAGCAGUGUCUGACUGGUACAAUGAGCAGGACCCCAUGAGUCUAGCUGCAGCUGUGACCAAGUGUAAACGGAGAGAGGGCUGGUCACACCAAGAUCUGCUCAGACUCGCACACACUAAACCAGCGAAAGAUGCAAUUGCCUUGAUCAGCAAAUAUGUAAAAAAAGGAUGGAAAGAGGUCCAGGCUGCUUAUGCAGAGAAAGAGAACCCCGAAGAGGUUGUCAAAGUGCUUUCAUAUCUUGAAGUGGUGGAGAAGGUCAAGCACAGCUGUGACGAAACAGAGGUCGUCAAUUUAAUAGAGGAACACAAGCUGGAGAGGGAACAGCUGCGGACAGACUACCUCAAAUCCAAACAGGUAUGGAGAGCUUUGUUGAAGGAAAUGCCCCUCCCGUCAGUGCUAAGGAUCUUGGGAAAGAUGACUUCAAAUAAAAUUCUUGAACCAGGAAGCUCAGAAACACAAACUAUAUGUGACAGAAUCCAGAGCGAGGCCGCAUUAAAGAAGGCAAAGAUCCAUCCUUUCAGUAUACUGUUGGCUUCAGAAAACUACAAAAGAGGCCAAGGCUUUCAGGGUAAAACAAAAUGGGAUCCAGACAGCAGCAUCCUAAAAGCUCUGGACGUUGCCUUUUACAAGAGUUUCAUGAACGUAGAGCCUGUGGGAAAACGCUUUGUCGUGGCGGUAGAUGUGAGCACGUCGCUGAGCAGUGUUGUCCCAGGAAUGUCCAUCAGCACUGCUGUUGCUGCUGCAGCCAUUACAAUGAUUUUUGCGAGGACAGAGGCAGACACACAGGUGCUGGUCUACUCUGAAGGAGCUGUGGUCCCGUGCUCCAUUUCUGCCGACAUGACUCUCGCAGACACUACAGUUGAGCUGGUUAAGAUCCCGAGUGGGAGCACAGACUGCACGCUUCCCAUCACAUGGGCCACAGAGAAUGGAAAGUCUGUAGACAUGUUCAUCAUUCUGACUAACAACCCGCUGUGGAUGUUUGCUGUCAGCCCAGUAGAGUCUCUGAAGAAGCACAGACAAGCAUCAGGAGCAAAUUCCAAGUUAAUGAUGUGCGGGUUGACGUCCAUCGGACACGCCAUCGCGGAGACGGACGACAGGGGUUUACUGAGCAUCUGUGGCUUUGACCUCGGAGCUUUGACCGUCAUUCGUAACGUGGCCCAGGACCUGAUCUGAUCAAGAAGUGGGACUGUCACUGAAUCCUGUUGCAAGAACAGGAAAAGGCAGCACAAAGUGGACCACCGUGGCUCACUUCGCAUGUGGAGUGCCAUUAAAACAGCACUAAUCCAAAAAAAAAAAAAAAAAAAAAAAUGCUGACAUUUACAAAUCCAAGUUCUCCUUUAAGAAUAGGAGCAUAAUGACGCUUACACGUCAAUAGACAAAGUGUCCAGCGGGCUGGACUGUGCUUGGGAAAUGUUAUGUGCAUUUUUUACAUUUGUUUUGUGAAAUUAGAAGGGUGAUGAGAGGUGGUGUGUCGAGGUGUCUCUGACCGGACGCUUAGUGCUUUGAUGGAUCUUGGAAAGACACUAACCCAUUCAAGAAUUUCCUUAUGUAAAAACAAGUGGAACUAUGUAGGAGUCAAAAUGGUAGCGGCUUAGUACAACUGUAGGUUUGUUUCAAGCAGAUACCUUGUGGUUUCCAAUAUAUAUCUGUGGAAAGACUUAGCAGAUUUCAUGUAACGUGUAGAGGGAUUUUAAACCUUAGAGCGUGACCUUAUUGUAUGUAGCAUUAUUAUACAUUAUUAACAUGUAUAACAGGGAGGAUUGAAACCAAAUGUCAACAGAAUACCUUGAUUUUUUUCUGUGAAAUUUGGUCAGAAAUUAUUUUAUUUAAUAGCUGCAUCUAGGAUUCGUUUUAACCCUUGCCUUUAAUGUAGCGCUACACUUCAGUUGUGUUAACAUUUGUUUCUCCCGUAAGCCAAUAUUAUUAACCAUGUUGACUAUUCUGCCCUCUUAAAUGUGACAUUGCACUUUUGAGGGCGGUUCUUUGGAUUACAUGUUGUUUUGGAUUGUCCUUUUCAAAGAGCUGAUCUUGACUUUAAGUCGGUUUACUGUAAGUUGGAGGAAAGGACUUUUUCCUCAUAUUUUACUUUGAAUUCUAUGCAUCGUAAUUGGGAUUUUACUGUAUUUUCUCAACAAAGGACACCUGAGCACUAAGACUAAAUCUGCUACAAUUAUGUUUCUAUAUGUUUGUUAUAAAUAUUGCCAUCCCAGAGUAAGAUUAAGUGAAUGUACUUUUGUGAGGCAAUGUAACGGUAGACACUUAAAGCACAGUGCUUUAUAUUUCUCCAAGCACAGAACGAACAAACACAUACGAUGUUUCAGCAUUGGGGGGGCCAAUUCUGUUUGGAGAAAUGAUAACGAUCUACUGUGGUGCUUCUUGUUGUAGUCAACAGUAAUUGUUGCAUUUACUGACAGCAUUCACUUAACAUGUUGUUUGUCAUUCCUUCUGAUGUAAUUAAGAAAUUCAGAAACAGCUCUUGCCAUGUAACUGAAGAAUGUUUUGUCCACGCAUGCUCAUACUUUAUAUUUUUCAGUAUUGAAAUGAUAAACUGACCGUUGUUACAACGUUUGUAGUCUGACAGAAGAGUUUGUUAUGUUUUUUUUUUCGUACAUUUUUCACCCUCAUGGUUAACUUUUUUUCAUCACACUGUCUGUUGUAUCCAUUUUGCUUAACAUGUAAGUACUGGACAUUGGUGGCAAUGUAAACUCCUCCCUAAUAAACAUGCUGCUAUAAACCUC